AUGUAUACCUGUAGAUAUUAUCGCGAAGAUCAGUUCCUUAUUGUUACAGAUUUAUACGGAUGGCGUUGGGGUGACUGUUAUGCUUCUGCACAAUUUGAAGGUAUCUUAUUACCAGCCCUUCUUGAAGAUUUUCUCAAAAAACAACAACAAUAUUCUGGUGGUAAAGAAAAUGUAGUUCGAUGGUUGGAAGAUCUGGAGCAGCAAUUUAGCACAUUAUGUCAAGUUGCAAACGCUGAUAUGGAUGAAAGAACAAAAGUACAAUAUCUUAUGGCAAAUUUAUUACCAUCUCUCAAAAUGAAAGUUAUUUCAAAAGAUCCUCAAACAACCGAUCAAUUUUUGCAAAUAGCAAGAAAAGUUGAAGAUCUUCAAGCAUUAGUAAACCAAGACGAAAGGAUGAAUAAUUACUCAAAUGAUUCAAUAGGAACAACUUCAAAUGUUAAUUUUUCUUCUGCUCCUUAUGUAGCUCCACCACUCAGAAAUAAUAACCAUCAAAAGCAACAAUAUACUCAACAACAGCAGCCCCGUUCACAAUUAGAAGCUGCUACCACGAAUAUACCAAUCACUGACUCAGUUCUUCUCUCUCAACAGGUAGUUUCACCUUCUACUCGACAACAAUCAAACACAGAUGAGUCUUCAACUCGGAAAAAUUCAAAUAAUCUUUCAUCCAAUUUACAAAAUUAUCAAUACCAUCAACAACCAUCAUCAAAUCGAAAUCGCCGA